AUGAUUAAAUACUCACGUUUGUUGUUAAAUCCAACGAAAUUAUUGCAUACUCUUUCAUCCGAAACAAUUUUUGCUUUAUCUUCAGGUCAUGGAAAGUGCGGAGUGGCAGUCAUCCGAGUGUCCGGUUCGAACUCCAUCACAGCCCUAAAGCAAAUGACAAGUUCAAAACCUCUUCCGCAACCGAGAGUGGCCACUUUAAGGUCCAUUAAAGACCCCACAACAAACGAAAUCAUCGACAAGAGCCUCGUACUUUGGUUCCCAGGUCCGAAGAGCUUCACAGGCGAAGACAGCUUCGAGCUGCAAGUACACGGAGGACUAGCCGUCAUCAACGCAGUCUUAAAAGCCCUAUCGGCGAUCCCUCGCUGCAGGCUAGCGGAGCCCGGGGAGUUUACGAAACGGGCCUUCUUCAACGGCAAGCUCGAUUUAACCGAAGUCGAGGGCUUGGCGGAUCUUCUGCAAGCCGAGACGGAGUUGCAAAGAAAACAGGCGUUUUUACAAAGCCAAGGGUCCUUGAGCAAACUCUACGGCAAAUGGAGGUCCACGUUGAAGCACUGCAUGGCCCACAUAGAAGCUUACAUAGACUUCGAAGAGACCGAAACCUUGGAAACCGGUAUCAUAGAAUCCGUUCGAAGAGACAUCGAAAAAUUAGCUGAAGAACUCAAAGCGCAUUUGUCUAACGGAAGACGGGGAGAAAUUUUGCGAAACGGCGUAAAAACGGUCAUUCUAGGCGAGCCCAACGCGGGUAAAAGCAGCCUGUUGAAUUUGCUGUGCGCCAGGCCCGCUGCGAUCGUAACGCCUAUACCGGGCACUACGAGGGACGUACUGGAAGUUACUUUAAACAUCGACGGGUAUCCUUUAGUGCUGGCCGAUACAGCCGGUUUGAGGGCUCGAACGGAGGAUUUAAUCGAACAAGAAGGAAUACACAGAGCUAUACAAUUGUAUCAUAAAUCGGAUUUUGUGAUACUAGUUAUCAACGUAGAAAGAUACUUGAAAUGGAAACAACAACACACUAAUGGUAGUUUAAAGGAUUAUAUCGUGCAGUAUGUAGAUGGUUUAAAUUUACCCAAGUUUUUUAUCGAUAGAAAGAAUUUAAUAAGCACUAAACCUUGUGUGAUGGUUUUCAAUAAAAUCGACUUGGCCGAUCGUUCAGAGUACAUACAAGGGGAGAAUUACCUCAGCAUUUCUUGUACUAAAGAAACCGGAGUGGACGAUUUAAUUCGAACAAUCUCCCAACACUUAAAACGAAUAUGCGGGGAGCCUUCGGCGGAGCACCCCAGCAUGAACCAGCUGCGGCACCGGGAGCACCUCGGGGCCUGCUUGGGCCAUUUGGAAUCGUUUCUCGCGCAGCACCAACGCCAAGAUACGGUCCUGAUGGCGGAGCAUUUGCGGAAAUCGAUGCACCAGCUGGGCAAACUGGUGGGCAGCGUCACCGCCGAGGAAUUGCUGGACGUGAUUUUCAGGGAUUUCUGCGUGGGCAAGUGA